GGUUGGACUAGAAGACCUCCAAGCUCCCUUCCAACUCUGUUAUUCUGUUAUUCUCUGUGUGUCAGCAGCCUUUAUCUUCUGUCCCUCCUGGUGUGGCUGCAGCAACUUUCACUUGCAUAGAGUGUCACAAGGAAUACCAUGGCUCAGAUUGUUCAUAAAUAUUUCACUUUCUCAAUAUUUCACACAUUUUUACCCCUUUCCCCACUUCUCUUCCUUUCUUUCAUUAGAUUUUGAUACAACUAGCUCCAGAGAGACUCUUUAACACUUGUCCCUUCCUGGCACUUCCCAAAUGCGCUGGACUGAAACUCCCAUCAAGUAUUACUGUAUUAUUAGCCAUGUUGGCUGAGCAUGAGAGCUGUGAUCCAAUAUAUCUGAGUGAGGAGAAAGGAGGAAUGUGCUUGUCUGAAAAUGGUACAGGCUCUCCUGCUUGAGCAGAGGGCUGGACUAGAAGACCUCCAAGGUCCCUUUCAGCUUUCCUCUGACUGAAUCUUGGUGUUGAAAAGGCCCUGAAAUCCCAAUGCAUUUGUUAGGGAACAGAAAGAUCCCCAUCACCCUUACCCGGUCGGGAGUGGUGGGGAUUGUAUUCCGAAGUCUCCGGUGGGCUCCCCGUCGGAUCCAACUCUUCUUUCGACGAGACGGAGGGUGAGUCCUGCUCGCGCCCCUUCCUCGAUUUCGUCCGCUCCCAGCCGACUUAAGUUUGGCCGCUCGUGGCGUGGAACUGGACGGGAAAGAGCCGCACGAAAACUUCGCGGAGGCGGGAGGGGGCGGAGGAGGAGGAGGCUGGCUCUGGGGAAGCCACACGGGGGGCGGCGGCGGCGGCCUCGGCGAUCAUGCAGAGGAGCCGCUCUGUGCACCAAGCUGUGGAGAAGGUGCGCCGAGGAGCCGCCGUGCAACGGCCGCCAAGAAACACAGCAGACUGGCCCACGCUGCAACCGCUGCAGGAGAUCCAGCCGAGUCCAGCUUUUGCCCAACGCUCCGCGGCCGACUCCACUUCCUCCUCCUCCGUUGCCUCCUCGGCCGCUACCCCCUGACGAGCCCGGACGGGCGGUCCGAGCCCCUCUGCAUGGAUGUCAAGGCGGCGCCCAACGGGGUAGCCACCAUCGAGGAUCGAAUCCUUCGGAUCACCGGCUACUAUGGCUACUACCCCGGGUACUCCAGCCAGAAAAGUGCCUCCCGAUCCUCUGUUGUCCGAUGCAAGCCGGGAGCCAACUGCCCAAGCACACAGAGUGGCCUCCGCAGGCAGCAUUCCCCUUUAUCCGUUGCUGCUGAAGAUUCUGCUGCUCCCAUUCUAGAGCUGCAGAGUCGAAGUCCCUCUGGAUUUUGCCGGCACGGCAGAGGAGAGAGGCAGGACAGAUCAGGAGAAGAAGAGACACAAACUAAAGCUGAAAACAGCAGCCAGGAGAGCCACGCACAGACCCGUUGUGAGUCUUGUACAUCUACAUUUCUCAAGAUCGUCUGGGGAUUUCUAAUUAUUUUGUCAGUCUCAUCCUCUUGGAUUGGAACAACACAGAUUGUCAAAAUCACAUACAAGAACUUUGAUUAUCCAUUUUUCAUGACUUGGUUUUCUACAAAUUGGAAUAUUAUGUUUUUCCCCAUUUAUUACUCUGGACAUCUUGCAACUGCCCAGGAAAAGCAGUCUCCAAUCAAAAAAUUCAGGGAAUGUAGUCGGAUCUUUGGUGAAGAUGGUUUGACGCUGAAGCUCUUUCUUAAAAGAACCGCUCCCUUUUCUAUUUUGUGGACUUUGACUAACUACCUGUACCUGUUGGCUCUGAAGAAGCUGACCGCCACAGAUGUCUCAGCCCUGUUCUGUUGUAACAAAGCCUUCGUCUUCCUGCUCUCCUGGAUUGUCCUGAAAGACAGGUUCAUGGGUGUCAGGAUAGUUGCCACAAUAAUGGCCAUCACUGGAAUUGUUAUGAUGGCCUAUGCAGAUGGUUUCCAUGGCGAUUCAAUUAUUGGGGUUGCCUAUGCAGUUGGAUCUGCCUCGACCUCUGCGCUAUAUAAGGCAAGUGAUCUGUGAGCCAUGGACUUCAGUAUGACAUAACACAUGUGCAAGAGAUUAAUGAGUUUCACAUAGUACCAUUGUACAUUCCUGCUACAAAUCCUGAGAACUGAAUGGAACAAAUUGUCCAAUCUUCUUACAGAGUAUGCAGGUGUUUUGACAAACUUUUUUUUUUUUUUUUGCUACAUGGGAUCUUACUAUUUGACCCAUUCAUGUAUCACUCCUUUUAUUUUUUUCUCUGUUGAAGAAAGAUUUUAAAAAACGCAUUGGGAUAUGUGGUUUUCCUUUGAGGCUUCCCAUUGUGUAAUAAAGAGCCCUUUUCUUAAUCCCCUAAGAUCCAGUGAUCAUCAUUAUGGAAACAUGUGAGAAAGUGUAGGGCCAAAGAUGAAUCUGAAGAACAGUCUUUGUAAAUCCAACUCAUCCAGAGCUACACAGAAAAUGGAUAGCUGAACCUAGACUUUCCAACAAUGAAUCCCUGCCAUAUAGUUUCACUGAGAGCAUUUCUGCAUUUCUGUUGAAGAAGCUUCUUGGAUGAGAAGUGAAACAUCUUCAAAGAAGAACAAGAAAGUCCAGUUGCCUCUUGAAAAAGCACCUUUGAGACAAUUAUGACCUGGAUGGCUGAGAAGCUCCAUAGACACCUCAUGGUAUUCUCAACUGUUCUCCUUUCUUCUUUUUAGGUUUUGUUUAAGAUGUUUCUUGGAACUGCCAACUUCGGUGAAGCUGCUCACUUCAUCUCUACCCUUGGCUUCUUCAACUUGAUUUUCCUUUCCAUCACUCCCAUCAUUUUGUACUUUACAAAAGUGGAAUACUGGUCACCUUU